AUGGCCGGCUCCAAUUCUGCGACGCCGGUUUACCCUGCCGGCACUGUCGCCAAAGUGGUAUGUAUCUGCCUGGGUAUCUACGUUUCUGUCAUGCUGGACGUUUCUGAUCUUCUUUUCCAGUCGACCGAUAUCCUCAACGAAACUUUCCACAACAUCAUUCAUGACCUAGUCGCCAAAGUCCACCGAGACGAGAAGGUGGCGCGAAUGCGCUCUGCGGUGGUACUCGCGAGACAAAAGGCCGAGGAAGGAGCAUACGUGCCGGAUGAGUCGCCCAGCAAGUCGAUCGUCGAUAGCAAGACUAGGGACAUGGUUAUCGAUCCGGUCAAACUAGCAAAUACACACCUCGAGACCAACGCCGCAACAUUCGACCAUGGCAAAGUGUACCUGAAGGGAAACCCGAUGAAGACAGUGAAGGAAAUCAUAUGCACAGAAUGCCGACUGCCCCGCCUCGCAUAUCCUCCCACUGGCGCAGGAUUCCGACCUCCCCCCGAUCCAAAUCGCGAAUACUGUCAGAACGGACCGAUGAUCGUGCUACCUGGCCAUGACGUCCACGGCAAGCUCUUCGCCAUCAUGCCAAAUCCCAAGAAAAAGAAGACAGAAAAAGACAGCACGAUUCCCGAAGUCCCGACGAGCAAGUGUCCCGUCUGCCCCCGAUACUUUGUCAUGAACCGCGUGGCCCAGCAUCUGGACCGCUGCAUGAACAUCUCCGGUCGUGGUAGCACUCGCAACAAAACACCGACGGACAGCGGUGCUAGUGGCGCCAACAGUCCCACCUCCUCUGCACCAAAACGUGCUCACACCGACGAAGAUGAGGGCAGCCCCAGCCCAACAAAGAAGAAGAAGCCGAACGCGCCCAAGAAGGCCUCUACAAACAAGCCCGGGCCUAGUAAGCUGAAGAACUCGUUCACGGUGGAGGACCACGAGGAUGAUAUCAAGAGCGAGAAUGCGGAUGCGUGA